AUGUUCAAAAAGUUUCAAGACGUUUUUCAGUCCAUCGACAAUCACAAGUUGUUGUGGCACGGAUCUCGUUUGUCGAAUGUCAUUGGAAUUCUAUCCAAAGGACUUCGUGUGGCCCCACCUGAAGCUCCCAACAACGGAUACAUGUUUGGCAAAGGAAUCUACUUUGCUGACUCGGUAUCCAAGUCUGCAAACUACUGCUGGACUACGCCACAAAAUCCAAAGGGGAUAUUGAUCUUAGCUGAAGUGGCUUUAGGAACUCUUUACGAAGCACGUGAAGCGGAAGAUUUGACAUAUACCACUUUGAAAAUAACAAAAGGAUGCGACAGUACUCUUGGAGUAGGUCGAAUGGCAGCUCCUGAAGAAAACUAUGAGACCAUGAAAGAUGGAGUCGUCGUACCAAUUGGCGAGUUUGUGUCGUCUGAAUGCAAUGGCUCGCUGCUCUACAACGAGUUUAUCGUGUAUCGUGAGGAGCAAGUGAAGUUGCGCUAUCUUGUUAGUCUUAACUUCCUCUACGAUGAUGAAGACGUGAAAGUAGAAGAAACGUAG